AUGUCAAUCCAAGCUUUUAUCUUCUGCGGUAAAGGUUCUAAUCUGGCUCCCUUCACCCAGCCAGAUUUUCCAUUCCAAACGCAGAACAAAGACAGUACAGCUGCCACAAACGGUGACAAACUUAAUGAAUUAGUUAAUAGCACCCUAGAUUCAACUGUAAUAAACGAGUUCAUGCAAUAUUCAACGCGCUUGCCCAAGGCUCUUUUGCCCAUCGGUAAUAGACCCAUGAUUGAAUACGUCUUGGAUUGGUGUGACCAAGGGGAUUUCAAAGAGAUCAAUGUGGUCGCACCCGUUGACGAAAUCGAAUUAAUUGAAAGUGGACUGACUUCGUUUCUGUCCCUAAGAAAGCAACAGUUUGAGUUAAUUUUCAAGGCUUUAUCGAAUUCCAACCACAGCCAUCACUUGCAAGAUCCUAAGAAAAUCAAUUUCAUCCCUUCGAAAGCAAAUUCUACAGGUGAGUCCUUGCAAAAAGAGCUUUUGCCUAGAAUCAAUGGCGAUUUUGUAAUCUUGCCCUGUGAUUUUGUCACAGAUAUACCUCCACAAAUCUUGGUCGAUCAAUUUAGGAAUAGGGAUGAUAACAAUCUAGCAAUGACCAUCUACUAUAAGAACUCUUUGGAUAGUAGUAUCGAUAAAAAACAACAGCAGAAGCAGAAGCAACAGCAAUUUUUCACUGUAUAUUCAGAAAACGAGGACUCAGAGAGACAGCCAAUAUUGUUGGACGUCUACUCUCAAAGAGACGUCACAAAGACUAAAUAUCUACAGAUCAGAUCUCAUUUGUUGUGGAACUAUCCAAAUUUAACCGUAUCUACUAAGUUACUGAACUCAUUCAUCUAUUUUUGUUCUUUUGAACUUUGCCAAUUGCUAAAAUUAGGGCCGCAAUCAAUGUCAAGACAAGCUUCGUUUAAGGAUCCGUUUGCUGGAAACCAACAACAACAAAAUCCUCCUACCACUGAUGACGAUGAAGAUCGUAAUAAUGAUGAUGACGACGACUACAAACCUCCGGUUGCAUCUAUCCAACCCACGUACUUCAAGAAAAAGAACGAUCUGAUCUUGGACCCAAUAAACUGUAAUAAAUCACUAAGUAAAGUUUUUAGAGAUUUAUCUCGUCGUUCAUGGCAACAUUCCAAACCGAGGGAACCAAUAGGUAUCUUUAUUCUACCAAACGAAACCUUGUUCAUCAGAGCCAAUAACUUAAAUGCUUACAUGGACGCUAAUAGAUUUGUACUAAAGAUAAAAUCACAAACGAUGUUCACGAAAAAUAUACAAAUUCAAUCCGCCGCUAUUGGUGCUGAUGCUAUAGUAGAUCCCAAAUGCCAGAUCUCAGCUCAUAGUAACGUCAAGAUGUCUGUUGUGGGUACUCAGGCCAAUAUCGGUUCCAGGUGUCGUAUUGCCGGGUCUCUCUUGUUUCCUGGAGUCCAUCUUGGUGACGAAGUAAUUCUGGAAAAUUGUAUUAUUGGACCCAUGGCAAAAAUCGGUUCUAAGUGUAAACUCAGCAAUUGUUAUAUUGAAGGCCAUUAUGUCGUGGAGCCUAAAAAUAACUUUAAAGGUGAAACACUCGCCAACGUUUAUCUGGAUGAAGAUGAGGAGGACGAGUUAAUAUAUGAUGAUAGUGUUAUUGCUGGCGCAAGUGAAAUCGCAGAAGAAACUGACAGCGAUGAGAGAAGCGAUGAAGAUUCCGAUGAUAGUGAAUAUACCGAUGAAUACGAAUAUGAAGACGAUGGGUUAUUUGAACGUUAA